GGACCCGGCUGCGGCGGCGGGGGAGGAGAAAGAAGCGGAGGAGGCGGCUCCCGCGCUCGCUGGGCCGUGCCACCUGCCCGCUCGCUCGCCGCCGUCGCGCUCACCGCCGCCAACAUGCUGCCGAGACUGGGCGGCCCCGCGCUGCCGUUGCUGCCGCCGCUGCUGCUGCUGCUGCUGGGCGCGGGCGGAGGCGGCCGCGGGGCGCGCGCCGAGGUGCUGUUCCGCUGCCCGCCCUGCACGUCUGAGAGCCUGGCCGCCUGCAAGCCCCCGCCCGCCGCGCAGCCCGCCGCCGAGGCCGGGCCGGCCGGCGACGCCCGCGUGCCCUGCGAGCUGGUCCGGGAGCCGGGCUGCGGCUGCUGCUCUGUGUGCGCCCGGCUGGAGGGCGAGCGGUGCGGCGUGUACACCCCGCGCUGCGGCCAGGGGCUGCGCUGCUAUCCCCACCCGGGCUCCGAGCUGCCCCUGCGGGCGCUGGUCCACGGCGAGGGCACUUGCGAAAAGCACGGGGAUGCCGAGUACAGCGCCAGCCCCGAGCAGGUUGCAGACAAUGGCGAGGACCACUCUGAGGGAGGCCUGGUCGAGAACCACGUGGACGGGAACAUGAACUUGUUGGGAGGUGGAGGUGGUGCUGGCCGGAAGCCCCUCAAGUCGGGCAUGAAGGAGCUGGCCGUGUUCCGGGAGAAGGUCACGGAACAGCACCGGCAGAUGGGCAAGGGUGGCAAACAUCACCUCGGCCUGGAGGAGCCCAAGAAGCUGCGGCCGCCACCUGCCAGGACCCCCUGCCAGCAGGAACUGGACCAGGUGCUGGAGCGGAUCUCCACCAUGCGCCUUCCCGACGAGCGGGGGCCCCUGGAGCACCUCUACUCCUUGCACAUCCCCAACUGUGACAAGCAUGGCCUGUACAACCUCAAACAGUGCAAGAUGUCUCUGAACGGGCAGCGUGGGGAGUGCUGGUGUGUGAACCCCAACACCGGGAAGCUGAUCCAGGGGGCCCCAACCAUCCGGGGGGACCCCGAGUGUCAUCUCUUCUACAACGAGCAGCAGGGGGCUCGCGGGCUACACACCCAGCGGAUGCAGUAAACCUACAGCCAGCCGCCGGUCGGUGCCUGGCACUGCCCCCCACCCCUCUCCAAAGCUGGCAGAGCAAGGAGAGCGCUUGCGUGGUGGGUGGAGGGAGGAUUUUCCAGGAGUUCUGACACGUGUAUUUAUAUUUGGAAAGAGACCAGCACCGAGCUCAGCACACACCCCCGCCCCCCCUAACCCCCCACUCCCCGCCUUCCCCCUCCCCAGCUGGAGAUGCCUGCACCCUCCCUCCUCGAGUCCCUGCUGGGCAGGAAGCGGGUGGCUGCAGUGCGGAGCUGGGGUAAAGGUUUGGGAGAGGGAAAAAAGAAAUUUUUAUUUUUGAACCCCUGUGUCUCUUUUGCUUAAGAUUAAAGGAAGGAAAAAUAAA